AUGACAAACAAUAAUUUUAAUAUUACAGAAAACUAUCAGGAAUGGAUAUCAAUAUAUUUUGUUAAGAAUGAUGAUGAGUACCGUUGUAAUAUAUGCGAGGAGAGCAUUAAAUGCGAUGAAAAGUCUCCGGAACUACUGAAGCAUAUAAAGUGCAUGCACAGAGAAGUUUACGAUCUCCAUAAGAGCAAUCCAGAAUCAACUGUGGGUUUUCAAAUAGAGUUCUUACAGUUUAACAUGUUGAAGGACGACGAUGGGAAGUCUCAGCCGGUUAUAUUGGAGGAAGUGUGUGAGGCCGAUGAAAUUGUUAAGUGUGAAGAAAAAACAGAUAAAGAUUUGAUUAGCAACAUGCAGUAUGUGCUAGUGCCUAGGAAAAAGAAAUUAAAAAAGAGUUAUGAGUUUAGUCGUAAGCGGAGUUGGGUGUGGAAAUAUUUUGAUAAGUUGACCAACAUUAUAUAUAGAUGCAAUCUUUGCAAUGUGGUUCUAUCCAUAAAGGGUUGCAACACCAAUAACAUGAACCGCCACGUCCGAACAAGACACCCUGGCGUUUAUAAAUCUGAGGUGGAAAAGAAAAAAGAUUUACAGGAAUCGGAAAAUCUUGAUAUGACUUGGAAGAAAGAGAUUGAUAGUGACAAGGAGUUAGAUGAAACUAUUGAAUACAAACCAAGCUCAUCCACAGACACCAAGCACGGUCGUAGCUGGAUCUGGUCGUAUUUCCAGCGCGUCACCAGCACACUAGCCCAGUGUAAGCUGUGCAAGAGGAAUAUCUGUCAUGGAGGUAACGCGACCGGCAACAUGAACAGACAUCUCAAAAUGAUACAUCACAAAACCGCAGAUGACAACAAUUGGGUGUGGAAAGUGUUUGAGAACACUGAGGAGCAUUUUUUCUCUUGUAAAAUUUGUAACUUUAAAUGUAUGAAGUUCGAUGAUGUGGAUAAAAGUAUUAGGUGUAUCUUGCAACACUUGAAAACCGAGCACGGUGUUAUAUCCGGGGACCAAAUUAUAACGGGCACCGAGUACGAAAUGGAGAGUGCUGAGAUCGCACAAAUAUGA